AUUUUCGGCGUGCGCCGGCCGACGUCGUCUCCCCGCGUGAACCGCGCUCGAAAUGUCUUCCUCCAUUUCCAGAGCUCUCACCGGCAAGCUCCGCCGCGGAGCCACCGCGGCCGCCGCCGCCGGGGUCCCUGCGCUCCGCCGCCCGCGCCCCGUCCUCCGAUCGCCGGCGCCGUCGCUUUCGCUGUUCCCGUCGCCGUCUCGCUUCUCCACCUCCUCCCCCGCCGCCGCCGCCGCCGCCGCCUCGUUUGCCGCUGCCGCCGACGGCUCCUCUUCUCAGGCUCGAGGUAAGGAGAAUGGAUCGAGGUGGUCCAGGUGGCUGCUCUUCGUUCCUGGAGCUAUCGCGUUUGGUCUUGGGACUUGGCAGGUUUUCAGGAGACAGGACAAGAUUAAUAUGCUGGAAUAUAGACAGGGGAGAUUGGAUAUGGAACCCAUGGAACUUAAGGGCGUAUCUCCUAGCAACAAGGACCUGCAAUCUUUGGAGUUUAGGAGGGUCUUCGGCAAAGGAGUUUUUGAUGACAAAAGGUCAAUAUUUGUGGGUCCACGUUCCCGAAGCAUUUCUGGAGUGACAGAGAAUGGGUACUAUCUAAUCACUCCCCUUAUGCCAAUUUCAGAUGACCCUGAAAGUGUAAAGUUUCCAGUUCUGGUUAAUAGAGGAUGGGUACCCCGAAGUUGGAGAGACAAGUUCCUUGAAACUUUGGAUGAUGCUGGAAAGCCUAAAGAUGCAUCAGAAACCUCUGUCCAAAAGAGUGAAGAAAAAUCUUGGUGGAAACCUUGGUCUAAGAAGCCUAAAAAUGUUGAGGAACAUGUUGCUGCUGUUGCAUUGGUAGAGGUUCUAGGAGUCAUUCGCGGGAGCGAGAAGCCCAGUAUUUUUGUUCCCGCAAACAAUCCAGCUUCCUCCCAGUGGUUUUAUGUUGACACUGUGGCCAUUGCUCAUGCUUCUGGGCUCCCUGCUGAUACUCUCUACACAGAAGAUAUUAAUGAAAAUGUGAAUCCAAGCAAUCCGUAUCCAGUACCAAAGGAAGUCAAUACCUUGAUUCGCAGUUCAGUGAUGCCACAGGACCACCUAAAUUAUAUUUUGACGUGGUAUUCUCUGUCUGCUGCAGUUACAUUCAUGGCCUUCAAGAGACUUAGGCAAAAGAAAAGUCGGAGAUAGCAAUCCUUUGUUGAUGAUUAAUCUUUAGAUGACCCGAUAACUUUCUAGAGAUUAAAUACAGAAGUAAUCUCCAUGUGCCUACUUACCUGUAUCAUGGCAGAUUUAACAUGAAGAGGGCUGUAUAACAUUUUUCCUAAUUUCAAUCGAUCAAGCAGUUUGACCUGGAGCUGGUGAGCAGUGCCAUUCACUAUUGGAAGAAUUUGUUUCUCGAUUGUUUUUCAAAAUAAAGUAAAGAAAAGCUCCUGCUCUGAAAACUGAUUGGGUAGGAAGUUUGUUGCUGGAUGUAUAAUUCAGAUGUGUUGAAAGUGAUUUUUUCAUUGUUACGUUGUUAUGCUUCUAUAUUUGUUCAUCUUAUUGUGACUAGUUUUUUCUGUUUGAGAUGAUACUGCAGUUUUAGUGCUAUUUUUGACACUUUUUCCUUGAA